CCUCUCUCCUCCCCGCUCCUCCAUUCCUCAUCAAUACAGCCACGCGCCACCACCCUCCUACAGUCCUCCCCCCACCCCGCAGCCAGGAGGUGAGUGCUCGUCGUGAGGAAGCCACAGAAGGAGGAGCUCAACCGGGCGUCGCCGGCCAGAGAAGGAGGAGAGGUGCGGAUGCCAGCCAGGGAGGCAGAUCGGGUCGCCUCCAUCGUCAAUACAGCCGCCGCGCCACCACCCACCUCUGUUCAUGAGGAAGCCUCAGGAGGAGGCGAGCCCUCAUUGCGAGGAAGCCGCAGAAGGAGGAACUCAACUGUGUGUCGCCGGCCGGAGAAGGAGGAGGGGCGCGGAUGCCAACCAGGGAGGCGUAUCGACUCGCCUUCGCGGUUGGAAAGGGUGCGCUGUGUCCAUCUUGGUUCUGGUGAAUUGAUUUGGGGAACUCUUGAAAUCUGUUUCUUGUAUAUUGGCCAUGGUAAUUCUUCACCUGACAUUCUGCAAUGGCUUCCAACCAGGAUGCUUAUCGGUGACGAGGGAAAUGAAAGAAGGAUGCAAUGGAAUUUGUACUAGGUAUGUUUCUCCCUCUCCUCAACUCUCUCAAUCUUCAUCCCAAAUCCCGCCUAUAGAGAUUGAUAUGGGUCUGUAGCUAGGUUCAAAUAGUUUAUUCCUUUCAUUGAACAACUUCCCUCGAAAAAUAAUGUUUCAUCGUUGUGCCUCUUACAGACCUAUUAUACACUACAGACUACAGCUUACCUGUAACUCCAGUCCUAACGUAAUCUUGGUGGAAUCUGAAAGACAUAAAGCAUAUGCACCAAUAGAUCAAAAAAUCCUCUAUGUUUUAAAAUAAAAUAAUUAACAACUGAUUGUACGUAGAAAAUAGUGGUAUUAGUUGAAUCACCAUUGUAAAGAGCAAUUUCAGUUCAUUGAAGAAUUUGUCCCGUGUGGUAGGCUUUCUUUGCAAAUUCUUUAGCUUAAUUGAUGUGUACUCAUUUUAAUAUUCAGUAGCAAGUGCACCACGUAUUAGGUUAAUCAAUUGUUUUUUUCUUCUCCAUCCAUAAUGAUAUUUGAAGACAAGGAAUUAGUAUGAGAUGCUUUGGGUGGUUCAAACACUUCGAUAAGAUUAAACACAUGUGCUGAAUUGGCAGUCCUUCAUCCAAAUUUUCUUGAUAAUGAUACACCAUUUGGCGACAAGUUCUCUACAAAACCGGUAUUUUUAUGACACAUGGUCGUGUAGCUGUGAUCAGAGAACUUGUUAAGGUAUAGUGGGAAAGCAACCAGAAAUGUGGUCUGUAUGACCGAAAACAUCCUGAACAAGUGAACAUAUGGUUCUUUAUUAUUUAUUAUGCUCUAUUUUUUAGGAAACUAUCUGAACUCUUGGGCCAUCCGUUCUCUAUUGUUUUUUUAGAAGUUUCUCCAUGAUGGCACAUUCCACCUAGAAAGAGCAUCAAGGCCGACGACCCUGUUUUUGUUCUAUAGGCAUCUCUUCUACGAAUGAAGCUCCAGCCUAAGCAAGGGCAUGGUUUGUAGAUUAUUUAUCUGCUUUAUGUGUGUCAGAAGAGGCAGCCUAUUGCUUGAUUUUGUACGCUUGUUCUGUAAACUAAACUUAGCAAUGAAGCAUUGACAAUUGUGUUUGUUGUCAUCUCCCAGGUUGUGAGAGCUGAUGAUGAUUCUAUUAAAAGUCCCUUGUUGCCUGGAACAUUUAUGUCUCUGCAAACAACAUAACUAAGGUUAUAUGGUUUCCAAUGUGACUAAAGAUCUAAAUUCUUGUUGGGUGUAGUUUCUAAAGCACGGAGUUGCUGAAAAAUGGAAAUAUUUUCAACGGGCCAUGAUUUUCAUUGGGACUUUGUGCUACCAAAUUAUGUGUAUAUACAUCUCAUUGUACAUAACAAUCCACUAUUUUUUGCUGCUAAAGGGGAUUAGAUUUGUUA